CGAUGAAAAGGAUGAUAGCAUCCUUGUAGAACCAGAUUCCAUCCACCUCGCCGUUUCUAACGAAGAUUGGUAUAAAGUGAGUACGAUUGUGUAACUUUCCAACUGACACCUGCACAAAAUACGAGAACCGUGAUUCAACAAUUGUUCAGAUUCUCAACCUCAAAUUGUUUUCGACAACUACGCAUCAUUUUCAAAACAUAGCAAACCCUCUCUAUCGUUGUUGUCGGUGCGAGUGGAGACUUGGCGAAGAAAAAGACAUAUCCGAGCCUUUUGAAUCUUUUCGAAGAAAACCUUUUGCCAAGUGAAUUCGUCAUUUACGGAUAUGCCAGAAGCAAGAAAACUCAUGAAGAACUUCGCCAACAUCUUUACCCCCAUUUGAUCAAAACGGGAGCCCGCGAGUUCAUCGUGAAAGGAUUUUUGGAGCGAUGCUUCUAUUAUUCUGGAAAGACGUACGUUAUAGAAAUUGAGUUUCAAAGCUUAUGUUGCACGGCGCACCUUAUAUUCAGAGAAUAAAUUGUAUCAUGAUCCAUCUGUCCUGACUCCUAACAUUUUAAUCUCCUUAACUUCAAUUACAGAUAUGGGGAUGAAGCUGCAUAUGCAAAAAUGGUUUCGGACCUCGACGAGUUUGAGAACAAGUCGGAGAGCCAACAUGCGAACCGUUUGUUUUACCUAGCUGUUCCUCCAAAUGUGUUUGGGGAAUCGGGGGUUGUAAUCAAGAAAGUCGGCAUGUGCACGACAGGAUGGACUCGAGUCGUCGUCGAAAAACCGUUUGGGCGCGAUUUGGAUACGUGCAACGAGUUGUUGAAAUCUUUAUCAGAGGAUUUUGACGAAGAACACCUCUAUAGAAUUGACCACUACCUUGGCAAAGAAGUGGUUCAAAAUUUAAUGCUUUUCCGUUUUGGAAAUCCAAUGUGGGAGCCUAUCUGGAACCGCGAGUCGAUUGAGUCUGUUACGAUCACCUUCAAGGAACCAUUUGGAACCGAAGGUCGCGGGGGUUAUUUUGAUCAGUAAGUAUAUACGAUGAUCUUUCUUUGAGUUCAACGUCUUCUGCGAUGAUGGAUCCAAUUGUGUCAGCUUCAUCUCAAAUAAUAUUUCUACGUCAACCCCACAAUUUUUCACAACAGAUUCGGUAUCAUUCGCGAUAUUCUUCAGAACCAUCUUCUGCAAGUGCUAACUUUGUUCGCGAUGGAACCUCCAGAAAGUGAUGAUGCAGACUCUAUUCGAAAUGCUAAGGUAGAAGUAUUGAAGAACAUGGAUAUCAUCACUCUUGAAGAUUGUUUGCUUGGACAGUAUGAUGGUUACACUGACGACCCAACAAUUGAAAAUAAAGACACUAACUGCCCCACUUACGCCGCUAUCCGAUGCUGGAUUCAUACUCCACGCUGGGAAGGUGUACCGUUUAUUUUGCAAGCGGGAAAAAAUCUUAACGAAAAGUUAGUUGACGUUAGGGCGCGCUUCAAGCCUGCAAGGUCCUUAAAAUCGGUUCAGUCGUUUUCUAAGAGCCUUGAACACUCGGAACUGGUUCUUCGUCUGCAGCCAAAUCCAUCAUUGGAGCUUCACAAUAACAUAAAGACACCGGGUCUCUCAUUUUCACCCAUGAAAGGGAAAAUGGUAAUGAACUAUGAAGACAUGCCCAAUUUGUCUAAUCCCGAUGCAUACACCCGACUUCUACUUGCAGUGAUGAGAGGGGACCAGGGAUCCUUUGUUCGGGACGACGAGCUACGCCGAUCAUGGGAGAUCUUCACUCCAUUGCUUCAUACCAUUGAGGACUCAGGAGUAAAGCCGCUGCCUUACAAGCCUAAAUCCACUGGACCAGAGGAUCUAGCGGAUUGGAUGAAAGUCAUGUCCAAAUCCGAUGCAUCACUGAAAUCGUCGCUGUAAUGACAGUAAUUUUGAUGCACUAUUGUACUUGGUGGGUGACAUGUCCACGGACCCAGGACAAGCCCGAUAAAUAGGGUCAAUCGAGCACAUCAUGUAUACGACAUGGAUGGUACUGACGCGAUUGCCAUUCACUAAAAUCUUUUCGUAUUCUAAAUUUAAAGGAGAGAUAAUGCUAUAUCUUUCUGACGCAUAGUUAUCAAUACACAGAGAAAGUCAAAACUAAUACAAUUAUAUAAUUUUA